CAGGUGAAGGACGUGUGGUUUAUCAACGUGUGUAUGAAAUUUGCUUUUUUUACGAUAUUUGAACUCGGUUUAGACAUCAAGGACAUGGCAACACGAAGCUAUGGAGCAUGCGUUUCCUGUCUGAGGGUGGCUACGAUGAAGAUAACGUUCAGGAGUUUUAGCUCCGCAACCAGCCCACAACCUAAAGUAGAUUUCCUGAAAGGAAAACCACACAGGGCACACCCAGGUGUGUCCAACCUGAAGACCCUGCACCUGCCCGAGGAGCUCCAGGUGGCUGCAAAGUCGAUUAUUCAUAGUGCUUGUAUAUCUAAGCUUGCGGAACACAGUCACAAACUCACAAACUACCUGUGGCGUCGGAAGCGGCUGGUUGAAGAUGGAGUGCUAAGGCAGAAGGCUAUUAUCCUGGAGAAGGAGCUCUGGGAGAAGGCCAUGCAGAAAGUAGGAGAUAUUGAUGAGCAAGCACUAGAGGAUCAAAUCAAAAGGAAGGUUCUGAAGGAGCUCAAGAGAACAACAUAUCAUUGGACUCCUCUAAAGUUCAACGAGGAGCAGGCGGUGAUCUACAUGGCCGCCCGGCUCGCUGGAGGCUACGCAGCAGUGAAGAGAGCUCUGCAUGAGAUAAAGAAAAGGGAUCCCUCGUUCGCUCCACAGUUCCUUCUGGAUUUUGGUUCAGGCUUGGGAACAGUCGCCUGGGCGUCGCACUCGUUCUGGGGCGCCUCUUUAAAGGAGAUCAUUUGUGUGGACAGCUCGGGGCCGAUGAACGUUCUGGCAGAGCGACUUCUCAAAGGCGAUGAUGAAAAAGCUAAACCUCACAUCCAGCAGGUCUAUUUCAGGCAGUUUCUUCCAGUCUCUCCUAAGGUGCAGUUUGAUUUGGUGACGGCGGCGUUCACCCUGUCGGAGCUUCCCAACGAGAAGGAGCGAGAAGAAGCCGUGAUGACUCUGUGGAGGAAGACCUCCUCUUAUCUGGUUUUGAUAGAAAAUGGAACCAAAGAGGGCCAUCAGAUGCUUAUGGAGGCCAGAGACACUUUAUUAAAGCACUCUGAAUGUCAGACGGAGAAGUUCAGCUACCUGAUUAUGAGCCGAGCAGAGCGGGCGGAGGCGGAACCAGACGGUUUGGACUGGGCUCGGCUGAUCGCACCGGUGGUGUGCAGAACUCGACACGUCCACUGCCACAUGUGCUGCUCCGACGGACAGCUGCAGCACCGGGUGGUGACGGCCCGGAAACACAGCAGAGACGUGUAUCGCUGCGCUCGGAACAGCAACUGGGGGGACAAGCUGCCGAUCGUUGAGACAGUUGACGUCCGGAGUGACGUCCCAAGUGACGUCCCGAGUGACGUCCCGAGUGACGUCCCGAGUGACGUCCCGAGUGACGUCCCGAGUAACGUCCCAAAAGACAAUUCUCUUUAA